AUGUCGGAAUUCCUUCGGGAGCUCCGCGCGGCGCGCGCUGCGCGCGAGGCACGUAUCGAGCUCCGCGCGAGCGCGAGAGUCACCACCGCUCUCGAAGCGGCGGUGGACGCGGCCUCCACCCUCGAAAGCGCAGAAACCAUCGCUGGACGAGCCGACGGGCGAAACCCGGGCGUCGGACCUGGCGUCGAGCACGUCGAGCCGGAUCUGCUCCCGUCCUCCGCGCGGCGACGACGCAGGGGCGGAGAUCUCCUCAGCGACGAGGCGUUGCGGAGGAUCGUGGACCGGAUACACGCGCAGCACGUCGAGGAGAGCGACGCCAACGCCAGGCUCCGGGCAGCCAUCCGCGGACUCGAGCCGAACGAGUUCGCCUCACUCCCGGACGAUACGUGGCCGGGCCUCGACCGCGAAGACGGCGCCGCGCGUUCGGACGAGUGCGCCGUGUGUUACGUCGGGUUCGAGGACGGCGACGCCCUGAAGGUGCUACCGUGCGGACACUCGCAAUUCCACCUCGGGUGCAUCCGGACCUGGCUUCAGCGCUCGCCAACCUGCCCGCUGUGCCGGUGCGCGUGCAGACCUCCGCGGGUGCAUCUCCUGAAACCCACCCGCGAAAUCUCCUCAGCGACGAACCGCGAGGAGGAUCCAACGUCGGAUACCCCGCUCGACCUCGAAUACCCCGAGCAGACGUCAACCGCGACGACAACCGCCGAGCUGCGUCUCACGCUCGACCGUCUCAGACGGGAACACGAGGAGGAGAGCGCGUGGCUCGAUUCGCUGGAGGCGCAGCCGCGGUUCGUCCCUCUCGGGGGUGCCGUCGUCGGGGGUGCCGUCGGGGGUGCCGAUGGAGGUGACGAGGGUGCCGAGGGAGAGGAAGACGCGGACGCGACGCGCCGCGCCGGCGUCCGGGAACGCGCGCGGCGAUACUUCGACCCCCUCGACACGGAGUACAUGCGGCGCAACUACGGCGAGCUGUACAGGCUGAGGGAGGAGGAGAGGACGAUCCUCGCGAGGUUGGACGCCCUGAGCGUGCACGAGGACGCGCUGCGGGUGCGACUGGCGGACGCGAGGGACGCGCGUGAGAGGCAGAGGGCGAGGGUGGGUGCCGAGGAGGCGUCGUCGGUCGGCGGCGGCGUUCGUCGUCGGUGGUUGCGAAACGGCGAGGUUGAUGCCGCGACGCGGGGAACUUCGGCCGACGCGACCGCCCUCCCACGGGGCGCCCCGGCGGCGGCGUUGGAACAGGUGGCUGCGGAGAGGACCCGCGCGAGUGUGGUCAACGCCAUGGAUGCGAUCGCGAGGUGGAGGAGGAACGGGGACGAGUAG